GCUUCACCCAGGCGCACACGUCUUUGCUCUUGAAUCUCUUGGCACUUCUCGUGACAAAACUGGCCUGCGACUGUGACGUGACGUGACGUGACGACGUGUGGUGCUCCUUUCUUCUUCGUCUCCUUCUCCUUCGCUCCUUUACAUUACCUUGGAGCUGUUAGUUAGAACUACAAAACCGAAAGACGACGACAAAGACGACAACCGGCACCAUGGACCAACCAACGGCGGCGCCCAAACCGAUAUACUCGGCCGUUCGGGCCCCCGGCCACGAGCACAUCCCCCUCUAUCCUCCGUACUUCAUCAUCCUCCGCAUGGUCCAGCUCGGCUUGGCCGUCCUGAUCAUGGCUCUUGAUGCCUAUGGCGUCUCUGUUCUUUCGACCGACGGCAACAGCUUUGUCCUCGCAGUGGCCAUCAUGAACCUGAUCACGGGCGUCUACUUUCUCGUGACGCACUAUUUCUACCCGAACAUCUACAACUACUGGGCCAUCCUGGGUCUUGACAUCCUCCUCAUCAUCAUGUGGUUGAGCUCCUUUGCUCUGUUGGCAUCCGAGGUCAACGAGUGGUACUCGUCGGUCGGCCACCUGACCGCCGGCCAAAACGUCUGCAACGGCGUAACGUGCUCCAAGGUGCAGCAGAGCUACAUCGCCGCCCCAGCUUGCCUCGCUGCCGCUGCCUCGUUCGGCGCCGUCGAGUUCGUCCUCCACAUCGUCUCGCUCGUCUUCCACAGCAUGGCCCUCCACCGCCACCGCGCUGCCGGUCUUCACUGCAUGCCCGCCGGAUCUUCCAUGGGCGGUGGCUUCGGCGGCGGCGCGGUCAGCGCCGAGAAGAGCCAGCAGGCCUACCAGCAAGUGCCUCUGCAGGACCACCAGCAGCACCAGCAAGUCUACCCCGUCUACGCGCAGCAGCAGCAGCAGCAGCAGGCCUAUCCGGUGCAGGUCCAGCAGCCGCAACAGCUCUACAACCCGACCGUGUCGCCGCCACCCCAGCAGCCGUACGCCCCGCCCCAACAGCCCCAGCAGCCAUACUAUCCCCAGCAGCAGCAGCCCCAAGUGCAACCGCAGCCGGCCGUCUACCACGCCGCGCAUGCCCCAGCCCUAGUCCCACAGCAGACAGGCGGCAGCUACGUAUCACAGCCAUCUCAGCAGCAGCCAUAUGAUAACAACAUCCCGCUCGUGCCCCAGCACACGGGCGGCUAUGUGGCCCAACUGGCGACGGACCGCGAGCCGCAGCACUUUGCCGCGCAGCUGCCGGCCGACAACGUCGGGUAUUAUGGUACGUCGGCGGCGACGCACUCGCCGUCGCCGCCGCCGAUGCAGCAGCACCAGCCCCCGCCGGCGCAAUGAGGUUUCGAUGCCUAGGUAGUAGCGCGUGUUUGGUGUUUCCCGCUGGAUAUGGAUAGACAGAUGGACGGACGGACAGCGGGGGAUUACGAAUACGGGGUGGAGGUUUCAAUGAGAGAGAAGGGGGAGAGCAAGCUUAGCUGCUUUAAUUUGCUUUUUCUUUUUCUGCUGUUUUUUUUGUUCAUACUAAAUACCAAAAUACCCCGAGUUCGCAGGCCCCCCUAAUCAUAUCAGGGGUGCCUUGUAUAUGCAUAUACACACUUACAUACACCGCAGGCCUCUUUAUUAAUGCAUCACUAAUAUUCACUUUCCCUUACGAAUGGCUAUUGUUGG